UAAUGCCCAUCCCAUCCCUAAGUGACAUUGACAAUUUCUUUUCCAAAGUUUGACAGCUUAGGUGAAUAUAUCACUCAAGAUGCCACGUGAAAUCAAAGACAUCAAAGACUUUUUAUUAAAAGCUCGCAGGAAAGAUGCAAAAUCGGUUAAGAUAAAGAAAAACACCGAAAAUGUUAAGUUCAAAGUGCGCUGCUCACGAUUCCUGUACACGCUGGUCAUCACUGACAAGGAGAAGGCAGAAAAACUAAAGCAGAGUUUGCCUCCAGGUCUACAAGUAAAAGAAGUAAAGUGAAGAGGUUAAGUUAAUGUAAUAAAUAAUAUAAAAACCCA